AUGACGACUUUUUUCAGCUCUGGAGGCCGUGCAGCGCUGUGCUUCCCGAGUGAUGGCUCCUGGUUCCAGGGAUACUUUAUCUGUGCGUCGAGCCGCGCGCAACUCGGUCUAAUGGGCGAAGAAAUCCCUGUAGACGAUUGUGUGGCUUGUCCCGAUGGAGGAUAUCAGGAGUAUCGACUCACAGUUCUACACUUUGCGUUGGAUAAAGAGGCUGCUGAAGCGAUUGAGAAAUAUUUUCCAAGCAUCGCUGAGCGUUGCACGGUGUGUUUUGGAGACAUGGACAUCACAAAUCUCGUCUUUCCUGCGUGA